GUGGGGUCGGGGGAGGACUUUGAGGCCCUCCUCCUAAUUGCCUAGAAGACAGACUGUUCCUGUCUUCUUUUAGAACAAGCUGUAGACCUCUCAGCUCCUUCUCCAGCACCAUGCCUGCCUGGGAUGCUGCCAUGCUUCCCACCAUGAUGAUAAUGGACUGAACCUCUGAACCUGUAAGCCAGCCCCAAUUAAACUUUGUCCUUUAUAAGAGGUCUUGGUGUCUCUCCACAUCAAUAAAACCCUAAAUAAGACAGACACCUAGGACCAUCUUCACCUGUAAAGGUCUUCACAUGUGUGUGGCUUAAAACAUGCAAGGGUGGGGAUUGUAGGUUUAUGGUGGCAUCCAUCUGUAAUCCUAGUACUGAGAUAGAAGGAUAGAAUUUGAGGCUAGCCUGAGCUACCUGCCCAACAUUCUGGAUCACAAAGUGAUUUCUUGUCUCAAAAACAAAAACCAAAUAACAAAAUAUAAACAAGACGUGUGAGGGGACAGGGACAUACUGAAGCUCCAUGGCAGAGUUUGCCUAGCAAACUAAAGACUCUGGUUCAAUUCCCAGUGGAGGGGUAAAGAGCUCACUCAGACCAGUGCUGGAUACCUCAUUCCUGCCCACUACUACUAGGCCACCAGGGCUGCCUAGCUGGGCUGGGCCUCAGCUGCAAAGCAAGGUGAGGACAGGGUAUCUUAGGUCUAGCCAAUCACAUCUGCAGGACCGGGCCAGACCUGCGUGCUCCGUGCUCCGUGCUCUGGAGGAGACUGGAUGCAGCGUGUUAAUUGCCUCCUGUGAUGGCCUCUGUGUGCUCCUGUCGCCUUCAGUUGUCCUUGUGCUCAAAGUCUCAUAUUUUCAAACCUUUAUUCUCCCAUCACAAUGUUUCUUUAGAGGCAGGGCAGAAGAAGAAAACCAAAAAACUGAAAGCCCAGCGUCCUGCAUCUUACAUGAGCCCAGUAGGUACCAGAGUCCAGCUUCGGUCCAGAGCAACUAGGUGUUGGGAGGAUGCUGGCCAUGUCCCAGGAGGCAGGUCUGUUCUUGGGCUUUGAUCCCUGCUCCGGAGGGCCCGCCCGCCCUGUGUGCAGGGGCAGGGCAAGCAGUCUCAGACCCUAGAGCCGCCCCCUCAGGAAGGCAGGGGAUUGCUCAGCUCUUUGACCUCUGGUAACCUAAUUAAAGAAGUGGCCGACAGGAGACUGUGCAGAUCGCAGAUCGCAUCACUCCAACCUCCCGAUUACCUGGCCACCACGCUGUGGGCAGAAGAGUCCUGCCUGCGGGCCAUGGAGCGCCGUGUGAGAGUGAAGUCUUGGGUAGAAGAGAAUCGGGCCUCCUUUCAGCCUCCGGUUUGCAACAAGCUUAUGCACCAGGAGCAGCUCAAAAUCAUGUUCGUUGGAGGCCCCAAUACCAGGAAGGAUUAUCACAUUGAAGAGGGUGAGGAGGUGUUUUACCAGCUGGAGGGAGACAUGAUGCUACGAGUCCUGGAGCAGGGGCAACACCGGGACGUGCCUAUACGGCAGGGAGAGAUAUUCCUCCUGCCUGCCAGGGUGCCCCACUCCCCGCAGAGGUUUGCCAACACCAUGGGGCUGGUAAUUGAGAGAAGGCGGCUGGAGAGCGAGCUGGAUGGGCUGAGGUAUUACGUGGGGGACACUGAGGAUGUCCUCUUCGAGAAAUGGUUCCACUGUAAGGACCUUGGCACGCAGUUAGCGCCUAUCAUCCAAGAGUUCUUCCACUCUGAGCAGUACCGAACAGGAAAGCCCAACCCUGACCAGCUGCUCAAGGAGCUGCCAUUCCCGCUGAAUACACGGUCCAUCAUGAAGCCCAUGUCACUGAAGGCCUGGCUGGAUGGCCACUCCAGGGAGCUUCAGGCAGGCACAUCCCUAAGCCUUUUUGGGGACAGCUAUGAGACCCAGGUCAUUGCUCAUGGACAAGGUAGCAGCAAAGGCCCAAGGCAGGAUGUGGAUGUGUGGCUGUGGCAACAGGAGGGCUCCUCUAAGGUGACAAUGGGAGGGCAGUGUAUAGCCCUGGCCCCAGAUGACAGCCUGCUGGUGCCUGCUGGAACCUCGUAUGUGUGGGAGCGAGCACAAGGCUCUGUGGCCUUGUCUGUGACGCAAGACCCUGCCCGUAAGAAGCCACUGGGGUGACCCUCCUGUGUGCUCCCCAAGCAGCCACAGGGUGCCUGAGUGAUGACCUGGCAGCCGCCCAUUUCCAGACAGCUCUUUCAGCCUCAUUGCAUCUCCAUGGACAUCAGCAGGCCCCUUGAGUGGUUGAGGGUUGUCACUGGCAUCCACCCUCCUGCCUAGCUCAGCCCAGGAUGCCAGACUCCUAGGAAAUCAGCAGUCCCCUCUCUUCUAACAGCCAUAGCCCUGCACUGUCCCCAUGCAGCCAGCAGCCUGACACUAAGAAAUCUCUCAAUAAAGGCAUCCUGCAGAAUGAGUGCUUGAGAGUUUUAGGUGGCA